AGAGACCACUAGAACAAUAGAAACUUGAUACUUGGAUAGAAACUAACCAUCAUCACGACAAUUAAAGAAAGGCAAAGAAAAAAAACAUGAAGAUAAUUGUCUCCAUCUUGGUUCUAGCUUCACUUCUUCUAGUCACUUCAUCUCUUGCUUCUGCUACUGUCUCAGAUGCUUUUGGUAGUGGCGCAGCAGCCCCGGCGCCUCAGAUCAAAGGUGGACCGGCAUUAGAGACAUGGUGUGGACAGAAGUGUGAAGCGAGAUGCAAAGAAGCGGGGUUGAAAGAUCGGUGUUUGAAGUAUUGUGGGAUAUGUUGCAAAGACUGUCAGUGUGUUCCUUCCGGCACUUAUGGGAACAAGCAUGAAUGUCCUUGCUAUCGUGACAAGCUCACUAACAAAGGCACUCCUAAAUGUCCCUGAUUCUACUUCUUUAAUUCCAACCAAAUUUUUAAUUAAAUAAAUAAUCUGAAAGAUCCAGUGAAAAUAAAUGGAUCUUUGCAUAUGAGUUAUUUUUAAUGUUUUUUUUCUUGUGUUAAUUUGGUUUUAGUGAUUAUAAUGUGGAAUUAUAUAUUUAUCACAACAAUCAAAGCUAUCUCAUGAUAGACAUGUUAUUUAAAA